AUGGCUUCCAACCCAGAAAGACUUCCUGGCGAUGUUCCAGAGAAUAGUCGCCCGUUGACAGCGUCUACAUCAACCAGCGAAAGAGCUGCGCUAACAAUCCAUGAGCUAUCGAGCACUGUGAGAAGUUCCACAAUAUACACUUCCGCAACUCGCAUUGCAGAUGAAUACCCGCCGUCUUUAAUCGUCCCUAGAGCGCGUAACAGGCCAUCUACAAAUGAAACAACAAGGACAGAAUUGUUUACCGAACUCAGCGUCCCAUUGAUCGAGUUGAGCCUUACGUCUCAAUUUUUCAAAUUGAUAGGACGUCAUACCUCGCGUGUACGGUUCCCGGACAAUCUCGAUGAGACAACCUCUGGUUCACGUCCUACGGUUGGUGCUAAUUACGGUUCACGUGUACGACGCAUGAGGGACAGUAACGGGAGGGAUCCUGAUCGAGAUUAUACUCCGACACUAUAUGAUCCUUUGCCGGCUGUAGCAGCCAGAAACCAUCCCAAUACCUCAGAUCCCAGCUCAGUCUAUGUUCCAAGAAGAUCUAGGCCUUUCCCGCUUGUAACAGCCAGAGAUGCGCCGGAUACCGGUCGAGUCUACAAUCAGAGAAGAGAAAUCUAUCGCCCGCGUGUGAGAGCCACAACUCUCAAUUUCGGGAAUCCACUCCCGUUUCUACUCACAACAACCUGGAUCCAAACCCAACGACAAAGACCCAAUGCCCGACCAGUAAACUGUCCCUUCUGCCGAGGUCCCAUUAACAGAAUCGUCGACCGGGAUGGAAAUAUUAUAGAAUAUCAAAGAAACAACGUUCCAGCUGUGGUUGCGGGAGCUCAGGGAAGAUUGAGUAGAUUGCUUGGAGGUGCAGUUGCGAAUGUUGCUGAUUCAACACCAAGAGCGUCGAGCACAAUGGGUGGUGCGAACGCGUUUGAUGAGUUUAGAAGAACAUUGAAUAGGGUGGGACCUGCGGGAAAUAUUAGUGAGCAGGUUGCAAGAGCACGAGAAAGAUUGGAUGAUGCAGAUGCGGAUUCAAGCCGUACAGCAAACGCGACUGAUGUGACUAACGGUGCUUACGGCUGGUGGGUUGAGUUGUAG